UCGCUUUCGGAGAUAUCAAUGAUCGCUAACUGUUUUGAGUGGCGCUUGGUCAAUAUGCAACUAUGAUAGGCUCGCUUGCCCGCAAGCUUGAUCUUUCUGGGACAGAACACCUGCACCAAAACGACGUUCCACCAUCCCCAGGGGUCUUUUCUGAACGUUCUGACUUCGACCUUUCGGAAGAUGGUCAACCGUCGACGGCGCGGAAGCCUCCCGGGAGAAUUGGGCCAGGAAGAGUGGUACCCCUAGAGACUAUAGCGCACCGUCUUCUCACAGUUCCUAGAAACUAUAUAGCGAUGUUGCCUUCCUUUUAGUUGACAUAUCCGGUCUGUUGAAAAUGCUACAAAGUCUUAACGGCUGUCAUCUCCUAACAUUGUCACUGUUUGAUAUAAUUUCCGACAAUCAUUCAAGAUGCGCGACCACAUCGUAGUGCUAGGUCUUAUCUCCAGCAGCUUCGUUGCUGCGUCGCCGAUUUCACCUUUCGGGCGUCAUCUCUCCGCAGCAUCCACGUCAGCCCCUGCUGGGCAUGAAUGGCGGAUAGCGGGCCCAAGUGACAGCCGGUCACCAUGUCCCAUGUUGAAUUCGAUGAGCAACCAUGGAUGGCUGCCGCAUAACGGCAAGAACAUUGACCUCGCCACUAUCCAGUCCGCUUUCCAAUCUGCUAUGGGAUUUUCCACUGAGUCCUUCAUCAGCAUCACGGAACAGGCCCUCACCCUUUCGACCACAGGCAACAGUUCGACUUUCCAUCUUUCUGACCUGGCACACCACAAUGCCAUCGAGCACGACGGCUCGCUAUCGCGGAAUGACCAAUUUUUUGGUGAUGAUCUCCACUUCAAUCCCAAAAUAUGGGCGACGACCGCACAGCGAUACGGCAUCAGGGUUCCAUUCAGCACGCCAGUCAUCACCGUGGAGACAGCUUCAAAAGCACGUGCUGCGCGAGUGAGGGACGCGAAACUCGUUAAUCCAGCCUUCAAUUUGACGGACCAAUCGGGGAGCAUAGGGGAGACCAGUAUCUUCUUGACGGCCUUCUGGGACCAGAGUGCGGGUGGCGUCCCAAAGGACUAUGCGCGGGUUCUUUUCGAGCAGGAGCGCAUCCCGUACGCCGAGGGCUUUGUGAAGGGAAACCAUACCUUGGCGGAUAUAGUCACAAUGAUUUCCGCCGUCAGCGCUGUCAAAGUAUGA